UUGAACGGUUGUAUCUCAGAUGCACUGUUGAUGGAGAAGUACCUGACUAAGGACCUUGGUGUUCCCAAAGAACACAUCGAGGUACUGAUCGGACCCAAGGAGCAUGCAUCCACUAGAGAUCAGAAGUACCCCACCUACGCUAACAUCAUCAGCGCCCUUCUUGGCCUCAUUAAUGACUCCGAGAUCGCGUACGGCGACAACAUCGUCAUUUACUUCGCAGGACAUGGCUCAUACUAUCCACCGGAGGAAGAUGGCGACGAAUAUAUAGAAGCACUGUGUCCCAUCGAUCGCGAUAUUCUGGAUGCCAACGGUGCCAAUCCCGUUCCCGACAUCAGUGAUCGUGAAUUCAAUACCAUCCUACGUCUGAUAUCUCAGGCAAAGGGACCUCACAUCACCGUCAUUCUUGAUUGUUGUCACUCGGGUGGGGCCAGCAGA